AUGAGGUUCUCGACUUACAGGAUGAUGUAUAGGGUCGCCACCCAGCAUUUCGGCCCCACAGCGCAGUAUCGCAAGCUCUACCAGGCCCCUGUGCAUUUGGCUGCAGUUCUUCCCUACACGCUGACGAGGACCAACCCAGUCACUAUGCGCCCCGAGGCCUCGGGCUCGCUGACGUCUCCCCUUAUUUCCUCCUUGUUCGCAACUGCAAUGAAGAACGCUUCGCUUGUAUCUCCGGCGAGCGAGUUAUCGGCUGCGGCCAGACAGGACGCUGCGGAGGCUCACUAG